AUGAGGUUACAACUACAGAAAUACUCACUUGCCUUAGAAUACAAASCAGGACCCAAAAUGUAUAUCAGCGAUACCUUAUCACGAGCAGYGCUCCCGAACAUGCAGUCGACCAGAACUGAAACACCUUACUACCAGAUCUUUCAGAUCCAAGAGGAACAGAAAUUAUGUGAAGAGCUAGAAAACAUCAGCCACGAWGAAGCACUAUUUGUAACAGACUCAAGGUUGAACGCCAUSAAGUACGAAACAGCCAAAGACACUUCCAUACAGACGCUGAUGWCUGUCAUCAAGGAAGGAUGGCCCGAUAGUAAAACCGACGUUCCCUUAUGCAUUCGAGAAUAUUGGGCCUACAGAGACGAACUAACAACUCAAAAUGGACUCGCGUAUCGAGGAACUAGAAUCGUUAUUCCCACUACCAUGAGGACAGAGAUGGUCAAAAGAGCUCAUGCGUCACACCUUGGAAUCCAGUACACCAUCAAUACAGCGAGAGAUAUCAUGUAUUGGCCUAGWAUGACAGCUGACCUCACAGAGGCCGUCAACAGCUGUACAACCUGUCAAACGCGACCAACACCACAGAAAGARCCUAUGAUGUYACACCCAAUUCCACAGCUUCCAUGGCAAGCAGUAGCCAGCGACUGCUUUGAGCUAGAAGGACAACACUCUGUCAUUCUCGUUGACCUUUAUUCAGACUGCAUCGAAGUUGCCAAGCUCCCCAACAUGUCUACAACAUCCCUUAUCAACCAGAUUAAACCCAUCUUUGCCACCCACGGGUCACCAGAAGUCCUGAUAACGGACAAUGGUACCAACUACGUCUCCAAAGAGUUCAAAACUUUYAYAAGAACCUGGGACAUUACUCAUGUCACUUCCAGCCCUCAUCACCAGAAAUCCAACGGCAAAGCAGAAUUUGCUGUAAAGAUCAUGAAGAACCUUAUAAAAAGAGCACAAAAGGAAAGACAGGACAURUGGAAAGCCAUGUUAGAGUGGAGAAACUCAUCCACACCUGGCACCACAAGCUCGCCAGCUCAACGACUUAUGUCACGACGAACGAGAUCGUUUCUACCCUGCAUACAACCCCAACGUGUACAAACCCGAAGUUCAAACCAAUGUCACCGCUCAAGUUGUACAGAAGAGAAGACGAGCCAAGUUGUGUUAUGA